AUGGUCAGAAUUCGGGUGGCCGCUCGUAUCUUCCCGGAAGAUGAAUAUCUCAACAACAUUCGACUGGGCAAGUCGAUUGCUGCACCAGUCAAAGGUGAAAAGCGCUUGGUGGUCGUUGUCAGAGAUCCGUACCAAUGGCAAAUGGGCACGCUGCUCCUCGAGAUCAAGAGGUCAUAUAAGAGCUGCUAUGGGCGCGAGCUACCAACUGUCAAAUAUCUGAAGGACACCGACGACUUCGACAUCUCUCCUCAAUCCUACGUUUCCGAUGUGCUGUUGGACGAGGGCAGAGCCCAAACUGAUGCGUCAGACCAGCGCGUCACGGUCAAUGUCGUCGCGGAACAGGGUCGGACGGUGCGCGAGGGCUCCGUCGCGGUGGGCAGCCAGUUGGAGGACCCUCGAUAUCAGAUGCAGCUCGAACAAACCUCGCGUCCGCCUAUUCCUACCUUCCCGGGUGUUCCCUCCCCACUGGGCAAACGCCCUUUCGAGCCCUCAGACGAGCAGCCUUCAAAUGCAGUAGGAGCAAAAAGAGCAAAGAUGCUUGAAAUACCAGAGGCGCUGAGCGAAGAACAUCAAGUGUUCUCCUCCAUUGAGCAAGAUGAGGAGCUUCAGGAGCCCACUGGCAUAAUCGUGGAAGCCACCCAAUACUCGAACCCAGACAAGGAGAAUGUCCGGCAUCAAAGUCUUGUAGAGCCAAAAGAUGAGUCUCCCGAGCUGCGGAGGUUGCUGCAGAAUGUCCCGCCAGCCACAGUCGACGAGCUCGAGAUGUUGACCGAACGACCCUCAGACUCCUUUUACACUCGGAAGGGAAAGGAAGAUUCAGCCCAAACGCAGGGUUCGCCCUCUUUAGGCAAGCUUAAUGGGAUCUCUAAGCCGACGGGCACUUUAAGCCAGCAGCUGCAGAAGCAGUCGCAGGCACCCGCGACACCUCCUUCGGAUACUUCUAGAAGACAGUCAAUUCCCGCCAGCCUGCAAAGGCGUCGAUCAGAAGAUGCGGCCAAGUCUUCUGCUCAGCCAUCGUCAGCGUCGGCGAGCAAAUUCAAGCGCAACGAUGUAUAUGACUACCCGGAGUCGGAAAUUGACGACUCACAGAUGUCACCACGUUCGAGGCAGGCACAACUAAGUCACAGAAAGUCAAACGAUCGGUUAUCUCGCAUCGAAGGUCUGCGAUCCCCGCAGGACGACAGAGUAGGCGACAGUGCGCUUAGCGUUAGUCAGGCGAUUGACACCCUGGACGACGAGUCGCUAUUUGAUGACGAGAGGCCCGUAGAGCAAACUUUCAAGACGCCUGAGAGCAUCCCACAGAAAGCCAGUGCUAGCCCCAGCAACGGAUCCGAAUCAAGUGUCUACGAGGAUCCCGAACAGGGAGAUGUGCCAGUUCCAGGACAUGGCAUGACGACAGAUGAGCCCAGCAGGAGGUUCCCUUCGAACGCUGUGCAAGUGAAUGUUCACGAGGAAGGAGUGGCUUCUAGCGCAGCAGCUUCCCAACCUAAGCAGGAUGCAGCAGCAGAAGAGCCACGGGACAAGCAAGCUCUAGCUCCCAUCCAACGUACUCGGGUUAACAAGCGGCCCAAUUCAGUCAAAGCUGAUGAGAGUGCCGGAGCGGGACCCCGAAGAGUAAAGAAAAGGCGCAAGCGUGACAGGUCGAGCGUGGAUGGUGAUGGGCGCUCGAGUUUGAAUGGUUCCGACAAUAGAUCUACACAUUCCGAUGCAGCCAAUGUCACAAAGUCCGCAGCAAAAGAGAAGAAGUCGGGUAUGGCAGCCAAAGUUUCUAGGACAACCGACAGCCCAGGAGAACAAUUGUCACAAGAUUUGCGAGAAUCGACCCAAAAGCUCUCCAUGGAAGCGUUGAGAAAGAAGCUUGGAAAUGAAAAGAAACGGCCACCUGCAACACCUAGCAGCAAGGACAAGCAAGCUGCGGCAGACGGCUCAAAAAAGAGCGAGCUGAAAACUCCCAAUGGCGGACCACCAGAGCAGACUCCCUCCACCGGGGCCGGUGGAAAGAUCGCCAAGAAGCUACAAGACACAAAUCAAGCCAGCUCUCCUCCCUCAGGCGUUGUUGUACAACGCGCACAGGAACAGGAAAACGAACGCAGCUCUUACAAACCGAGAAAGCCUCUUCCGAACUGGGGUUCAGAAGCACCAUCCGCUCUGACAAACAAGCAGCCCACAGCGAAAGACAGAGAAGAUAGGUUGUCUGUUGAUAAGCAGGACGACCCGAGGAAAAGUCCUUCUGCUGGUCUAGGUCUGACCGCCGAAGAAAUCAAGACCAUGGAAAGUCGCAAAAACAUGACCAAAGAGCAAUACGAAGCGGAGAAGAAGCGGAAACAGCAAGAGGCCAGGAAGCAGGCUGCGGCUGCUAAAAAGAAGCCAACCACUGAUAAAGCCGCGGUCAACCAGUCGAGAAAGGCGCCGGAACCAUCACCGGAAGACGCUGAGCCUGCGACAGCCUCGACAAAGAACAAGGCUCGCAAGAGCCUCUCUUCUGAGGAGGAUCCGAAACCAUCAGUGCAACAAAGCGCAAUCAACGCAUCGGUUGUCAAUCUCGAGAACGGACAGUCGAAAUCUUCCACCGUCCAUCCAGCCACUGGCAAAGCAAACUCUGUCAGACGUGAAUCGACCGGUGCCAGCUCUUCCAAAGGAUCCAACGCAGAGUCUAUGCUUCCACCAAAAACACCCGCAAAGGCUGCGCCCAAGAAUGCUCUUGCCAAGCCAGCUACCACUAAUAAAGAUCCCAAGCCCUCUACGCAGCAAUCUAAUGGGGAUAAACGGCCUGCAAAGACUCCCUCCAAAAGCCCAUCUGUCAAGUCCACUACUACCGGCAAGACACCAAAGGCAGCUCCCCAAAAAUCUCCGCCGGAGGCAAAGACAAGCGCAGUGACGAAGAAACCCGCCCCAACGUCGUCUAAGUCCUCGAAUAUCAAUACCAAAGCCACCACAACCAAGACACCAGCCAGAAUUACCUCGGCACCGGGACCCUAUAACCAGCGCCUGAGUGACCUUCGCGAGGUUGUCCUUAAAUCGAACAAAGCUCCAGAGCCCAACCAAGGUACCGUGCUCGCGCGCAUAAAGCAGAGUCAAAAGCCCCCGGUCUUUGAAGUCGACGACGACGACGAUGAUGAUGAUGACGACGACGACGAGGAGAGCGACUCUAGCGAUGAGGACCAGAAGCCCCAAGCUGCUGCCAAAGUGGGGGCUAGACGACCGGAGGUGAAAGUCCCGACCAAGCAACGUCGUUCGGAGAAUCACAAAGAAGACGACGACGAUGAUGAUGAUGAUGAUGAUGAGUCGACCUCUUCUUCAGAGAACGAAAGGGACAAAAAGCCAACGAACGGGAGAUUGUUGCUCGCCGGGCGGCGCACGAACGGCAUAUCGACACCGGUACCGGUACCGAAACCGAGACCGAGACAGACGCUGACACCGUCAGGACGACCAGAUCCAAGCAUUCGAGAUCAGAGCGUCGAGUCCGAUGACGAGGAUGCAGACGAAGAUGAAGACGAUUAA